GGGAAGAUGAUUUUUAAGAUAAUCGAAAGUACUGCUUUUGUUUUUUCAGAAUUACACGCAAUGUCUAAGAAGUUGCUGCUGGUGGAUGUGGAUUGUGGGGUGGAUGAUGCCCAAGCACUUAUGUUGGCCCUAGCAGCUCCUAAUGUUGAAAUCUUGGGUAUAACCUGUUGUCAUGGAAACUCUACCAUAGAAAAUGUCUGCAGAAAUGUCCUGUGCAUUUUGGAAUGCUGCAAUAGAUGUGAGAUUCCUGUUUAUAGUGGAGCAAGUAGACCACUACUUGGAAAGAAUAUCCAUGCUAGUGAUUAUCAUGGAGUAGAUGGCUUGGGCGAUGUACCAGAUCUUGCUUUCCCUAGUCUUGAAGCAUUGAACAAAGAACACGCUGCUCUGGCGAUGCUGAGGAUAGUCAGUGAACACCCUGGGCAGGUUACUGUUGUUGCAACUGGUCCCUUGACAAACUUGGCUUUAGCUGUCAAUAUGGAUCCAACUUUCCCACAGAAGAUCAAAAGCCUUUUCAUUAUGGGAGGUAACAUGGAGUCUAGAGGAAACUUUACAGCUUGUGGUGAAUUCAACUUUUCAUGCGACCCAGAAGCUGCUUAUAUAGUUCUAAAUAGCUUUGAUUGUCCAACACAUAUUUCCACCUGGGAGUUCACUGUCAAAAAUAUGCUACCUUGGACGUUUUACAAGGAAUGGAUCACCCAGGACACCCACAAGGCAGAUUUUAUGAGGAAAAUCGCUGCUCGUUCUGAGGAAUACACUAAAAAAUGCACUGGCGAAGAAGGGCAGGCGUGGACUAAAGGAUUUGUGCCAUGUGAUUCUUAUGCCAUGGCUGCAGCUAUAGAUGAAAGCUUUGUCACUGAUGUAAUUCACUGUGCAGUAAGUGUAGAGCUCAGUGGCACGCUGACCCGAGGGAUGAUGGUGCUGGAUCUCCUGCAGACACUACACAAGAGCCAUAAGGUUUAUAUCAUAACCAAAUGUGACACAGAGAAGUUGAAAUUUCUUUUAAUGGAAGCCUUAAAAUAAUAUACCUCAAUGUACCAGACUGCAGAGAGGAAGUAAUCACUUCUCUACUGCUAUUAACCACAUCUGCAAGAAUCAUUCCAGUACUUACAACAGAAGAGGGAG